GGAAGCAAUAAGCUAACCAGUUAAGCAACUUGUCAGAAUUUUAAUAACUAGUUUUCCAGCAAAAGAAAAAAUGUAGAAAAUGCCCCUUAAUAAAUGAAGAUCUUUAGCAUUAGUUGGGUCAGUUGGGUAUGGGCAGUUCAAAAUUCGUGUCGAAAGCGCGUUAAAACAGCCAAAACACGAAGGGGAGGAAAAGCACGAAGGACACGCAGAGAGAAGAAGAAGAACAGGCACGUAGCAGUGCGAAAAGAAACACAUGUUCGCGCAAAAUCGAUGAAUGAACUGUAAAGGGAAACCGAAAACUGAAUAGAGCCGUGCGCGCUUGGCAAAAAAUUAACCCACAUUGUCCGCAAGGGAUUGAGAGUAGGGCUUCCUGUAAAAGCCUCCACAGGACUCCUUGAAAAAUGGGUAUUACGGAGACAGCAGCAACAACAACUACCGGACUGGGAGCGGCAAACGCCGUGGAGAGCAAACAAAUCCUUUCGCUCGAGGUGUUCCAGGACAUCUUCAAGCACGUGGAACCGGAAGUGCAGAUCGAUGCCUUCGAGCUGGCCCAGGGCUCCGACCGGGGUGACAACUAUACGGCCGCCCUUUAUCGCAUUAAGCUAACCGGCAAGCGGAGGAGUCUCAAAUGGGAACAGAACGUCAUCUGCAAGGUGAUGCCGGAAAGUCUAGUCGCCCGGGAGGCCUACAAGAGCGACAAGCUCUUCCGCAAUGAGGUGCAGUUCUACAACACCAUCAUGCCGGAACUGCUCAAGUUCCAGGCCAGCAAAACGAACCAGGACACACCCGUGUUCAAUGCCAUUCCGAAGUGCUAUUCAGCCAGGCAUGAUCUGCUCAUAAUGGAGGAUCUUCGCGAACGUGGCUUUCAGAUGUCCGACCGCCACAAAGGCCUCAGUCUGGAGGAGACGCAGUCCGUCCUGCUGCAGGUGGCACAGCUGCACGGCCUUAGCCUAGCCUACAAGUUCGAGAAACCGCUGGAGUUCAGCAAGCUGUGCAGCAUGAUCAGCGAGGGCAUCUUCUGCACGGCCAAUACGAGUUGGUAUCGAAACUACUACGAGCGCCUUACCAAGAACGCCAUUCAGAUGGUGUCCGAGGUGCUGCCCCCCGACUCCAAGUAUGUCCUGGCAAUGAACAAAUUUGCGGAAAGCUCCUCCUUCUUCGGUCGUAUGGUGAAGUUGGCCAGUGCCGAGUCGCCGUUAUCUGCCAUUUGCCACGGCGACUGUUGGGUGAACAACUUUCUGUACCACUAUGAUCCCGAGGAUCUGCAGCGGGUGCUGGAGGUGGCCCUUCUCGACUUUCAGCUGAUACGCUACAGCUCCAUCGCCCUGGACAUUGCCAAUCUGCUAUACUGCUGCACCACCAAGGAAAUGCGGGAUGCUCACCUGCAGACUCUGCUCAAGAUCUAUACGGAGGAGCUGUUUCGAUGGCUGCAAAUCCUAUGCACAACUUUGCCGGACCACUGCGACACAUUACAGAAGCUACAGGACCUUUUUGCCGAGGAGCUGAAGACAUACGGACGCUUUGCUCUUGGCCUGGCAUUGGAUAUCCUACCUAUAAGCACUUGCUCCUCGGAGGAUGCCCCGGAUAUGUACUUGGAUCGAAGCGAUGAACUCGAGGAGGAUGUGGGCGCGCCCACGCUCAACUUUCCACCCAACGACCUGUGCCGCCAGAAGAUGUCGGAGAUAGUCAUUGAUAUGGUGGAUCGGGACAUGCUCUAGGCCGCCCUGCAAUCCAAAUGGAACCCUUGCUGUCUGUCCCAAACACCAAUUUCCCAUAAUAUACCGGCUCAGAUAGCGUGCUCCUUAACGUUUAGUUAUAUGCAAGAUAGUAAAUAUUACCAUUAGCUUAGACAGACUUUGUACGUUUAGGGUACCACCGCUACCUUUAUGUUACGUUUCUGUAGCAGCCAAUUCCUUGGCCCUGCGUCCCAGGUUGGACUUUGUGUAGUCAGAGUUAACACUUGCACUACUGCUAGAUGAGCAAACAACACGAUGCCCAAAUAGUAAGUAGUAGUUGCUUUUUGUUUUAGCUUUCGUUUAAUUGUUGAUCCCGGUUGUCACAUACCAAUCGAUGGAACUUUACCAAAUAGGUAUUCUCGGGAAAUUUAAAUUGCGCCUACCUUGUCGGAAUGCAAUUGGGCACAGGGCCUCUAAAUUGGACAGGAAUUGUGAAAAUGCACUAUUCGAUCUAGCCGUAGCUAAAUUAACAAUACAUUUGUUGAACUCAAAAACCAGACAAUAGAAAGCUUGUCUAGGCGUAUUGUGUUUUUCUAAAGUAUUCUUUACACAAAGUAAUAAACUAUAAAUGAAGGUA